AAAAUACACGUCAAUCUUAUCGCCGCUAAGCGAAAUUCUGUAUACCUUUCACCUUUUGGUCGGCCGAAGAACAGUGCAGUAUGUUCCCAGAAGUUUGACCCAGUAACAUUAUGGUUUCGUGCGGCGGAUUUGAAUUGAAUAAAUCUGAAAUCGUAAAUCUUUGGCACAAUAAAAAAUUGUAGUUAAGCCGACAAAAUGAUCCGUCGAAGACGCCUGAAAUUGGAGUGGUUCCUACUGAUUCUACUUGCGGUAUUCGUAAGUGGCUCGAUCCUAUUCAAAAUCAAGUGCAACACUGACUGCAACAGACCAUCAAUGAUCGAUUAUAAAUUGCCGAAAAAAUCCUUGCUCAGCGUCACCAACGUGGGCAACAGCACAGAAUCACUCAGACACCGAAUAACAUCCAGAAAACCGAUCAGAAAACAUGUUACCAAAUCGAUGGCAGAGCUGGGAAAAAUGGAUGCAGUCAACAAACAUUUCUUGUUCCUGAAUUCCGUACCGAAAAGCGGUUCGGAGAUAUUGAUAUUUUUAGUCGAAAAAAUACAGGGCGUCAAUAACUUUAAGCACAUCCGGCUGAAGGGAGGAAAUAAAAGGCGACUCACUAAAGCGCAACAGGAAGAAGUAGUCGAUGAAAUCUACGAUAUACGAAGGAAUUUGGCAAUUCCAUUAAGCUUUGAUAGAAAUGUGUAUUUUAUCAACUUUACCUCUUUCGACAAGCAAUUGCCCACUUACAUUAACCUUAUUAGGCACCCGGUAGCGAAAGUAAUGGCUAGAGCGAUUUUAAAGAAAACUGGAAAAUACGAUAGCUACUUUAUAAGGUGUCUGAGCGAUAGUAAGAAAAAUUGCAAUUUCAAAAAUGGACGACCUUACGAUCUUACUAUUCCCUACUUUUGUGGUCACGACCCCAGAUGCAUGUUAUUAAACAACCAAUGGGCUUUGGAAACCGCAAAAAAGAACGUUGAAAGGUAUUACCAAGUGGUUGGAGUUCUGGAAGAACUCGACACCACUUUAGACAUUCUGGAGGAGGAAAUUCCGCAAUUUUUUGACGGUGCUAAAAAAACUUAUCAGGCAAAUUUGCUGGAUAUUUACAAACACAAGAAAGACCCAGAUGUACCCAAAGAGGUUUGGUCAACGCUUGAAGAGAGCCUGGUUAAAGAACUGGAGUUCUAUAAUUGGGUAAAAUAUCGGCUGUUUGAGCAGCGAUUGAAGAGUAAGGAAAGUUCCAGUUGAAUAUUGUGUAAUUACUAGCCGAUAUUUAAUUAUUUAAUAAAGCACGUAAUAAACCA